AUGUCGAGUCGCCAACAGAUUGAUUCCGUCAUCGACGAUGAUGAUGAAUUCUGCCCCCUUUGCAUCGAAGAAUUUGACCUUUCAGACAAGAACUUCAAACCUUGUCCUUGCGGUUACCAGAUUUGCCAAUUUUGUUACAACAAUAUUAAGACCCACAGCGAAGAAGGUCGAUGCCCAAACUGCCGCCGUCCGUACGACGAAAGCACGAUUCAAUACAAAAUUCCCGAUGUUGAAGAGUUCAAGGCAGACCUCGCUCUGAAACAUCGCAAAGCAGCCGCUGCAAAGAAAAAGGAAGCCGAAAAGCGGGAGAUCGAAGCAUCAAGCCGCAAAAAUCUGGCUGGUGUGCGAGUUGUCCAGAAAAACUUGGUUUAUAUCAUUGGUCUGAACCCAGCAAUUCGCGACGAGAACCAGCUACUUCAAACCCUUCGCGGUAAAGAAUACUUCGGUCAAUAUGGUGAGAUCGAGAAAAUUGUGGUCAGCAAGGCAAAGCCAGGAAGCAACCAACACCAAGGUAUCGGGGUUUAUGUGACGUUUUCCCGGAAGGCAGAUGCUGCACUUUGCAUCUCUGCGGUGGACGGAUCCCACAAUGGCGAUCGUAUGCUGAGGGCCCAAUACGGAACAACCAAGUAUUGUUCUUCUUUCCUCCGGAACGAGCAGUGCAACAACCGAAAUUGCACCUUUUUGCACGAAACUGGUGAAGAUAGUGAAAGCUAUAGCCGUUCGGAUCUCUCAUCAAUGAACACUUUGUCCAGCCAACGCCAGCAUCAGCAACCGUCGAUAGCUUCCCCUGCUUCCCAUCCGCGCUCCACACAUCCGCCAAUCUCUCAGCCAAUGCGUCGACAGCCGAGCAAAGAUGACUCGAUUAGUGGGCGUCAGCCUCCAGACGGACCUGCACUACCUUCUUCCGCCAGCUGGGCCAAUAGUCAUACGACUAUCAGGACUCGGCGUACUAGUCUAACGGGUAGCCAGGCAUCGCAGAGUCCUCGGCCAGUCAAUGUUACAGUCGCCACUUUUAUAGAAGAGCCAAAGAGGCCUGAGAAACAGUCUAUAGUCACUCCGGAAUCUCAAAUCCAACCUGACACACGAUCACCAAAACUCCAACAUCGUCGAUCGAGUGAACCCAAACUUGCUGUAGAGCAUCCGUCUCCAUUUGAUAACCUUAUCAAAGAAAUUACCUCUCCGGAUUUCCGAUUUGUCUUUUCCCCCUCCGAGCUUCCAGCAGAAGAGAUGAAAAUUAUCCAGAACUACCCCUCUUUCAUCGAUCCCUAUGGUGGUGUUAAGCGACGAGCUAUGCGUGAGAAAGCCGAACAAGAACGGGUCAAGCGUGAGCAAGUACUUUUACAAUCUGUCGCAGCUGAGGAGGAGAGCCGCGAGGCUGGUAGUCUGCAACUUGGUGGCGAACCGGAAGAAUCUAAUACCUCACGUGGUCGACAGUCCCGUGAGUCUCACGGCGCUAUCCAGCCUCCUUCUCAUCAAGGCACGACUGAUAACUCCACCGUUGGAUCUCCCGUUUCAGCUACCAGUCUGCAAUUCCAAGGCCUGAACCUGGCUGGUCGGAGCUUGACACCCCUCCAACAACAACAGUUGAUGCUCUUGAAGUCAGCCGGCAACCAACAAUCUGGCUUAUCUGAUCCCAUUAGCUCUGUUUCCUCUUCAGACCAGGCUGCCCAGGUGCGCCAAAACCUUCUACAGACCCAGCAGAUGGCAGCCCAGGUCACUGCACUGCAAGCUCAAAGCCGACAACCAUCCCGAUUCUCUUUUACCAGCGAAGUUGCCACAAAGAAUAUUAGCAAUGCGCGCAUGCUGAGUCAGAUGCAAGCUGCCACCCCCAACCCGCUGUCAGCCCCGAGUCCCCAAUACUCAUCUGCUGGUGGGUUUUAUGCAAGUGGUGUUCAGGGCCCUCCUCCUGGAUUGAAGACAGCGGGAACUCCACCUGUCAGUGGUGGCGGGAUGUUCGCGCAGGGACACGGAUUUACUUCGAACAACCUUGGACUGGGAUCUACAAUGGGAAAGCAGGAUGCGACCCCUGAAAUGAUGCGUGAAUUAAUGCGCGGCCGAAGCGGCACAAAUGUUGGUGGUGUACAGAGCCAGGAGGCAGCAAAGCGUGAGUUCAUGUUCCCUUUUCUUCAACAGCACCAAACCCCUCCUCCCUUGACUCCCGUCAAUGGCCUUCUCGGCUCUUUCUAUGGGCCCCAGGCAGGCACUGCGCCUGAUUCUGGUAGCGCACAGAAGCAGAAGAAGAAGGGGAAGAAGCACAGGCACGCUAACACUUCCUCCGGCGGAGGUGGUGUAGUAGAUCUUGCGGACCCGAGCAUUUUGCAGGCGAGAAUGCACCAGGCUGGUUCCAAUGCUACUGCUGGACAGGCAUUGUACGGGAGUCAAGGUGGGUACAACCCCUCGAUGAUGUACGGCAGUGUGAACGAGGACUUUCCUCCACUCGGCAGUGGAGUCAAGGAGAGUCAAUCAGUCAUCGAUACCUUUGGAUUCCUCAAAUCCCAAUUGCCUAACGAUUCUACCGGUCGUGUUGGGACUCCCACCCUUCCUCCGGGUCUCCCGCUUCCACAUGCUCAUCCCUCAUCUGCUUUCCAUGACUCGAAGCCAUCAUCCCCGGCACCCAUAAUGCCUCCGGGUCUCGGUAGUGUUCUGUCACGAGCAAAUACGCCUUCCAAAGAUUCUCGUUCUACGAGCCCUGAUAUAACCCGUCUUUCAAACAAUUCUUCUCGGAAAGACGCAUCUCAGAUAUCUCUGGGAUCUCCCGUUGCUCGAAUCAAACACGAAACUAGCAUGUACUUCGCAGCCCCGGAUAGCCCCGCUUUGAAGUCAGGCCGUGCUUCACCCGUUGCCAAGUCAACUCAUAAGACUCGAAUGGCCAAACUCGACCUCUCCGCUGGUACUGAGAAGGAACUGUCUUCCAAAGUCGAGAAUCCGUUGCACUGGGCAGCUCCACAGGAGAUUCCCGCUUUCAAGCCAGACCGUGCUUCGCCUGUUGCCAAAUCAUCUUCUAAGACUCGAAUGACCAAACUGGACCUCUCCGUUGGUGCCGAAAAGGAAUCGUCCUCCAAAGUCGAAAAUCCACCGAGCAUGAACUGGGCAAAUCAGGAGAUGCCCUCUUUCAAGUCGGACCGUGCUAUUUCUGGUACUGUUACUUCUGGAACUGGCUCCGUUUCUGCCAUCAGCUCCCGACCUCAUACUCCUAUGACAUCGGCCUCUCGUGUAUCUGACUCCCCUGCGCCUCACCAAGCACGCAUUUUGCGUGUCGUGGCAACCCCCAAAGCGGAAGUCUCCCGCGCACCGUCAGUCACCCCUUCAGUUGCUGGAACAGGCGUAUCGGCAUCUAGAAGACAGAGUGUUUCGUCUAUCGGCAGAUCGGAUAGAGGCUAUGGGUCGGACGCUGAUUUUUACCCAUCCACUACAGCCUCUCGUGCCAAUUCCCCUCCGGCGCCUCGGAUUGGAUCUGCUCCCGUCCGUGCAAUCACGAAGAGCCAACUUAAAAAGGACAGACGUCAGAAGGCGAAAGAAGCAGAGGCCAAGGGGGUUGUUACUUUGCCUGAGGAGCCCGUUCAAGCUCCAAUCAUGGGAAGAAAAAGGAAGGCCAAAAAGGCAUCAAAUACAGCAGAUUUGGCAGAGUCACCGCUGACCGAGACGGAGCAGCUGGAAGAGAUCAAGCCUGCCCCUGUGGAGAAAACUUCUAGUGAAGUGGAAAUUGUGACCGAGGCAUGGCACACCCACAACACUAUUGAUCAACUUUGCCACGAUGCUGAGGAGGACUCGCGCCCGAUCACCGAUCUUGUCGCCGAAAGGAUGCGGCCGACGCAGGAAAUUAUCGCCGACAUGCACAAAUCUGGCAGCGUGGACUUGAAAAUGAUUGCGAUGUUCGCUCCUGCAAAUGUCAACCAGCGCACUGACAUGAAAUGCACCAUUGAUGACUACGAUGUGCCAUCUCAGCCCACCAGAUUGACUGAGGAUCAUCGUAAGGCUCUUUUACGUGGUGAGCCAGUCCGUAUCGGAUCCGAGCUCAAAUACCGUUGUCUCAUUACACCUCGCGGUUGCGUGAUCCGUCACCUUUAUGUCGAGGAAGAACAGCAAUAUCUGGAUAUUGAGAAGAAUCGAGGGAAUAUCCUUGACGUUUCUUACAUUGGAGAUAGCUCUGCCAACCUUAACGGAGGGCUGGAGGCCCUCUUCGCGACACCUGAGAAAUUCAAUAUCUGCUGGGUGGAUGAUACGACGACUCGGCUGGGCUCUAUUUCUCCCAAUGAAACCCUGGAUAUCACAGGCCAAGUGAUUCCACCGAAUGUUCUGUCAGCCAUGGAGGCCGAUAGCACCCGUAGCCACGACUGGGCAGUCGCUCACUCCGCAGAACUUCUGCAGACGACAACCGCCGCCGUACGAUCCUUUGCAGCCGCCACGGCUAAGCAGAUUCUCGGUUCCUCCGUUCUGACCGGAAGCGAAGUCACUCUGGAAGAUGUGGCGUCCAUGUCCGAUACCGAGAUUAAGAACUUUAGUAGCACGUCUAUAAAGGACCUGGAAGGCACCCGCAAAGAGCUUGACUCUGUUGACAAGAAGCUGUCCGCUCUCCUUCGUCGCAACAGGAAGCUUCAACAACAAGCGCUGGGCAUCGCUGGAGAAUUGGAGUAA